CGCCCCCCCGCGCCAGGCGGAGCCGGAGCCGGAGCGGAGCCGGUGCCGGGGCGGCUCAUUGCGGCGCGGCGCGGCGGCAGCAUGGCCACCACCGUGCCCUGCACCCGCUUCACCGAUGAGUACCAGCUCUACGAGGAGAUCGGCAAGGGGGCUUUCUCGGUGGUCCGGCGCUGCGUCAAGCUCUGCACCGGCCAUGAGUACGCCGCCAAGAUCAUCAACACCAAAAAGCUCUCCGCCAGAGACCACCAGAAGCUGGAGCGGGAGGCCCGUAUCUGCCGGCUGCUGAAGCACUCCAACAUCGUGCGGCUCCACGACAGCAUCUCGGAGGAGGGUUUCCAUUACCUCGUCUUCGACCUGGUGACCGGCGGCGAGCUCUUUGAGGACAUCGUGGCACGGGAGUACUACAGCGAAGCUGAUGCCAGCCACUGCAUCCAGCAGAUCCUGGAGGCCGUCCUCCACUGUCACCAAAUGGGGGUUGUCCACAGGGACCUCAAGCCGGAGAACCUGCUCCUGGCCAGCAAGUGCAAAGGGGCAGCGGUGAAGCUGGCCGACUUUGGCCUCGCCAUCGAGGUGCAAGGGGAUCAGCAGGCCUGGUUUGGCUUCGCAGGCACGCCUGGCUACCUCUCCCCCGAAGUCCUGCGCAAAGAGGCCUACGGCAAACCUGUGGACAUCUGGGCGUGCGGUGUCAUUCUGUACAUCUUGCUGGUGGGCUACCCGCCGUUCUGGGACGAGGACCAGCACAAACUCUACCAACAGAUCAAGGCCGGUGCCUACGACUUCCCUUCACCCGAGUGGGACACGGUCACCCCCGAAGCGAAAAACCUCAUCAACCAGAUGCUGACCAUCAACCCCGCCAAGCGCAUCACAGCCCACGAAGCCCUCAAGCACCCGUGGGUCUGCCAACGCUCCACCGUGGCCUCCAUGAUGCACAGGCAGGAGACGGUAGAGUGUCUGAAAAAGUUCAACGCCCGGAGGAAGCUCAAGGGCGCCAUCCUCACCACCAUGUUGGCCACCAGGAACUUCUCAGUGGGCAGACAGACCACCGCUCCUCCAACCAUGUCGGCGGCCGCCGCCGGGGCCCCCCUGGGGCUGGUGGAACAAGCAGCUAAGAGCUUACUGAACAAGAAGGCGGACGGUGUGAAGCCUCAGACCAACAGCACCAAAGGCAGCGCUGGCGUCACCAGCCCCAAGGGGACGCUCCCACCCGCUGCGCUGGAGCCUCAAACUACCGUAAUUCAUAACCCCGCGGACGGCAUAAAGGAGUCGUCCGACAGCACCAACACCACCAUCGAGGAUGAGGACACGAAAGCCCGCAAGCAGGAGAUCAUCAAGAUCACGGAGCAGCUCAUCGAGGCUGUCAACAACGGGGACUUCGAGGCCUACGCGAAGAUCUGCGACCCGGGGCUCACCUCCUUUGAGCCCGAGGCUCUGGGCAACCUGGUGGAGGGCAUGGACUUCCACCGCUUCUACUUUGAGAACUUGCUCUCCAAGAACAACAAGCCGAUCCACACGACCAUCCUGAACCCCCACGUGCACGUCAUCGGGGAGGACGCCGCCUGCAUUGCCUACAUCCGCCUCACCCAGUACAUCGACGCCCAGGGCCGGCCCCGCACCAGCCAGUCGGAGGAGACCCGCGUCUGGCACCGCCGCGACGGCAAGUGGCAGAACGUCCACUUCCACGGCUCGGGGGCCCCCGUCGCCCCGCUCCAGUGAAGAGCUCGCGGUGGCUGUCCUGGUUCCAGCCUGACGGAGACGGCGAUGGGAGCCGAGCCGGCAGCCGGAGCUGCGGCCCCGAAGCACGCGUCCGCAUGCCUGUCCCCCCUCCGCCCCGGCCCCUGCUCCUCCCCCUCCAGUGCCUGUGUUUGCAGAAAACAAAAAGACAAAAAAAAAGAAAAAAAAAAAGCCCAAAACGACAACAACAACCAAAAAAAAAAGGCAAAAAAAAAUAAAGGGGGGGGGGAAUAAAAAAACCCAAACCCUAAACCCCAACCCAACCACACACACACGCGCCCAGAAACCAACCCAGCCGCUCGGCCACAGGCAGGGGGACGCCCCUGCGGCCAGACACCCCCCCCACCCAUCUCCACCCUGGGGGGUGGGUGUCCCCGGCUGGCGGGGGGGGGCGGCCCCGAUCCCCCUCUCCCCGGCUGUGCUUGUGGCGUUUUGCUGUUGCUGGUGGUGGAUGUUGUUCUUUGGACUCUGCUUUCGCUCGUCCCCUCCCAUCCCUGUACAUAGAGAGAGCUCUUUAUUUUUGAAUUCCCACGGGGGUCCCCGGCCAUGGGGUGCUGCCGGGUGGUAAGCGGGGGGGCGGGGGGGGGGAGCAGCCCUAGCACCCCCCCCGCACCCCCCCUCAAAGUCUGGUGCUGCUCCCUGGGAGCGGUGCCCAUGGGGGCAGGGGCAGGGGGCAUGGUGGGUGCCUUUGGGAGGGUCCCCCCAGCGGGCACCGCUGUGUCCCCAUCCCGGUGACAAAGCCUGGGCACCCAGCACCCUGGGCACCCCUCCCCGGGCAGGCGGAUGGCCGGGUGCCAGCUCUGGGUGCUGGCGGGGCUGGGGGGAUGUGGGUGCCACAUAACGGGGCUG